CACCACGCUGCCCGUCCCUCGGCUCGCUUUCCCCUCCGUCGUCUCACGUCUCGGUGUUUUGUUUGUGUUUUGUUUUUUUAUUUAAUCGUGCCGGACUGAGCGUGUGCGCGUACGCCUCUCCGACCGCUCCAGGCAGGAUCCAUGGCUGCUUCCCUGCGGUUCGACGGGCGAGUGGUGUUGGUUACCGGCGGCGGGGGAGGUUUGGGGAGAGCAUAUUCCCUGGCUUUUGCGGAACGAGGAGCAUCUGUAGUUGUGAAUGAUUUAGGAGGAGACUUCAAGGGAGAAGGCAAAAGUUCCUCAGCUGCUGCUAAGGUUGUUGAAGAAAUAAGAAAGAAAGGAGGAAAAGCAGUGGCCAACUAUGAUUCUGUGGAAGCUGGCGAGAAGAUCGUGAAAGCUGCCCUUGAUGCUUUUGGAAGAAUAGACAUUGUGAUAAACAAUGCCGGAAUUCUGAGGGAUCGCUCGUUUGUUAGGAUAAGUGAUCACGACUGGGAUAUAAUCCACAGAGUUCACUUGAGGGGAUCGUUUCAAGUGACCCGAGCAGCAUGGGAUCACAUGAAACAACAGAAUUUUGGGAGGAUCAUUAUGACCUCUUCAGCUGCUGGAAUAUAUGGCAACUUUGGUCAGGCAAACUACAGUGCUGCCAAGCUUGGUCUUGUGGGUCUUUCCAAUACUCUUGCGAUUGAAGGUAGAAAAUACAAUAUUCACUGCAAUAGUAUUGCACCCACCGCUGGAUCCCGGCUGACUCAGACGGUGAUGACACAAGAUAUGGUGGAUGCUCUGAAACCUGAGUAUGUGGCUCCUCUUGUCCUGUGGCUUUGCCAUGAGAGCUGUAUGGAGAACGGUGGCUUGUUUGAGGUGGGAGCUGGAUGGAUUGGAAAACUUCGUUGGGAGCGGACUCUUGGUGCCAUUGUGAGACAGAAGAAUCAACCAAUGACCCCUGAGGCUGUGAAGGCCGACUGGAAGAAGAUCUGUGAUUUUGAUAACGUGACCAAGCCUCGGACUAUCGAAGAGUCAACUGGAGGUAUGCUUGAAGUGCUAAGUAAAAUAGAGGACGGCGGGGCAGUAUCCAUGAACCCCACAAGCCAGGCUGCAUCAGUGGCAAAGUCGCAACUGGACCGAGUUGUUGAGUAUAAGAUCUCUCCAUGGACCUUUGAGUAUUCCCAACUGGAAACAAUCAUAUAUGCACUUGCCGUGGGGGCAUCAGUCAAGAAUCCAGAUGAUAUGAAAUUUGUUUAUGAAAGAAAUGCCAAUUUCUCCUGCCUGCCUACCUUUGGAGUUAUUCCAGCACAGAAGUGUCUGUCUACCGGUUUAUUUUCAGACAUUCCAGGGAUUCAAAUAAACAUGGAAAAGCUUCUGCAUGGCGAGCAGUACUUGGAAGUAUACAAACUAUUUCCCUCAUCAGGAAAACUUUGGUCUGAAGGCGUGAUUGCAGAUGUCCUGGAUAAGGGGUCAGGAAGUGUUAUUCUUUUCGAUGUGACUACAUACCAUGAGAAGGAGCUGAUAUGCUACAACCAGUUCUCUUUGUUCGUGAUUGGUUCAGGAGGAUUUGGUGGGAAGCGGACAUCAGAAAAAGUCAAGCCUUCAUUACCCGUACCUGACAGGCCUCCCGAUGCCGUGUGUUACGAUGUCACUUCCCUCAAUCAGGCUGCCUUGUACCGCCUCAGUGGGGAUUGGAAUCCCUUGCACAUUGAUCCGGAUUUUGCUGCCCUAGGAGGUUUUGAGAAGCCAAUAUUACAUGGAUUGUGUUCAUUUGGAUUUUCUGCCCGGCAUGUUUUGCAUCAGUUUGCUGAUAAUGACCCAGCCAGAUUCAGGGCAAUUAAGGUCCGUUUUGCAAAACCAGUGUAUCCAGGACAAACGUUACAAACAGAGAUGUGGAAGAAUGGAAACAGGAUUCAUUUUCAAACUAAGGUUACAGAGACUGGGAACAUUGUUAUUUCUAAUGCAUAUGUGGAUCUUGUGCCAUCUUCAGAUGAAACCUCAGAUAACAGAACUAUUAAGGUUGAAGGGCUUCAGAGCAACAUUAUUUUUGACGUAAUAGGUCAGCGCAUCAAAGAGAUUGGAAAGGAACUGGUAAAAAAAGUCAGUGCUGUCAUUCAGUUGAAUAUCACUAAAGGUGGAAAAACUGCUGCCAUCUGGACUAUUGACUUAAAAAAUGGCUCUGGAGAAGUGUACCAAGGACCAGCAAAAGUUCCUCCUCAGGCAACCUUCACCCUCUCAGAUGAAGAUUUUGUGAAGAUAGUUGUGGGAAGGCUUAAUCCCCAUCAGGCAUUCUUUAAUGGGAGAAUCAAGGUGGAAGGUAACCUCAUAAUCGCCCACAACCUGAAUAUGAUUCUGAAGACUUAUUCCAAGCUUUGAAAUCCAUUCUCGUCUGCCAUUGCGAGAGGAAGAUUUAGAAAAUCUCUUCACCAAACCCCUCCUGUGAAAUCCCAUAGAAAAGCUCAGAAAUAAUAUUGGGGGGGAAUUGCGUAAUAGCUUUGACUAAUUUAUCAUUUACUUUGUUGCAGGUACCGUAAAUCAAUUUGGCAAAUAAUUGGCCUAACAAUGCUUUUGCCUCACUCUCUUUUUCAUUUGAAAUGUGCAUUUGAUCUCUUAGUCUGUUUAUCCAAACUAAUCUUUUCCCAGAUUACUUCUGUGCUGGUUUUCAAGUAAGAAAAUUUAUAUAUCGGAAAAAAAAUAAAACUAGCUAAAUGUUGGGAA